GGCAACAUUGGACACAACACAUUUCAGUGGAGGAGGCGGGAGAGGAGGUGACGGUGACCGGCAGUGAGGUAACUUAAGGAGCUGGAGUCCCACUAUGAAUAGAAGACAAGGCUGUGGAAAGAGAUGACGUGGAAAGGCUCCUUGUUCCCUGAUCUAGCCAACUAAAGAUAUAAUUUCUUCUUAAGCUUCUGAAUUUACAUGAUGAGUCUCACAGGAGAGAGACCACAUCUGUGCUCUGAGUGUGACAGAAGCUUUACAUGUAAAUCACAUCUUCUCAUACAUCAGAGGAUUCACACAGGAGAGAAACCAUUUACAUGUUCUGAAUGCAGCAAGUGUUUUUCCAUGAAGUCACAGCUUGUUAUACAUCAGAGAGUUCACACAGGAGAGAAACCAUUUGAAUGUUCUGAAUGCAGCAAGUGUUUUUCCCAGAAGUCAGAGCUUGUUAUACAUCAGAGGCGUCACACAGGAGAGAGACCACAUCUGUGCUCUGAGUGUGACAGAAGCUUUACAUGUCAAUCAGGUCUUAUCAGACAUCAGAGGAGUCACACAGGACAGAGACCAUUUGAAUGUUCUGAAUGUAGGAAGUGUUUUUCCCGGAAGUCACAUCUUGUUAUACAUCAGAGGAGUCACACAGGAGAGAGACCACAUAUGUGCUCUGAGUGUGACAGAAGCUUCACACGUAAAUCACAUCUUAUCAGACAUCAGAGGAGUCACACAGGAGAGAGACCCUUUGAAUGUUCUGAAUGUAGCAAGUGGUUUUCCCAGAAGUCAGAGCUUGUUAUACAUCAGAGGCGUCACACAGGAGAGAAACCAUUUACAUGUUCUGAAUGUAGCAAGUGUUUUUCCCAGAAGUCAGUGCUUGUUACACAUCAGAGAGUUCACACAGGAGAGAAACCAUUUGAAUGUUCUGAAUGCAGCAAGUGUUUUUCCCAGAAGUCAGAGCUUGUUGUACAUCAGAGGAGUCACACAGGAGAGAAACCAUUUACAUGUUCUGAAUGCAGCAAGUGUUUUCCCCGGAAGUCAGAGCUUGUUGUACAUCAGAGAGUUCACACAGGAGAGAAACCAUUUGAAUGUUCUGAAUGCAGCAAGUGUUUUUCCCAGAAGUCAGAGCUUGUUGUACAUCAGAGGAGUCACACAGGAGAAAACCCAAUUAUAUGUUCUGAAUGCAGCAAAUGUUUUACCAGGAAGUCAUAUCUUGUUAUACAUCAGAGGAGUCACACAGGAGAGAAACCAUUUAAAUGUUCUGAAUGCAGCAAGUGUUUUUCCCGGAAGUCAGAGCUUGUUGUACAUCAGAGGAGUCACACAGGAGAAAACCCAAUUAUAUGUUCUGAAUGCAGCAAAUGUUUUACCAGGAAGUCAUAUCUUGUUAUACAUCAGAUGAUUCACACAGGAGAGAAACCAUUUAAAUGUUCUGAAUGCAGCAAGUGUUUUUCCCAGAAGUCAGAGCUUGUUGUACAUCAGAGGAGUCACACAGGAGAAAACCCAAUUAUAUGUUCUGAAUGCAGCAAAUGUUUUACCAGGAAGUCAUAUCUUGUUAUACAUCAGAUGAUUCACACAGGAGAGAAACCAUUUAAAUGUUCUGAAUGUAGCAAGUGUUUUUCCCAUAAGUCAUUUCUUAUUAGACAUCAGAGGAGUCACACAGGAGAGAAAUAAUUUAUAUUUUAUGAGUGCAGCAAAUGUUUUUCCCACAAGUCAUAUCUUGUUAUACAUCAGAGGAGUCACUCAGGAGAGAAAUAAUUUAUAUGUUCUGAAUGUAGGAAGUGUUUUACUAGAAAGAAAACACUCAGUAAUCACAUGCGGAGUCACUCUGAGGGCCUGAAUGCAGCUUGUGUAUCAUAAGUAAUGUAACUUAUCACAACUGUAUGAAUUCAAUGGAGCCAAUAUUUAUUUUCUGAGUGUGACAAGUGUUUUAUAUAAAUGACUCUUGAUAAAGACAGGAGAGGUCAGACAAGUGGACCUGGAGGUACUUUUCCCCUUGGGAAGGUCUCUGUGUUAGGAACUAGAGCUGCAGUAUAACAAUAGCCAAUGACCGUGGGACUGCCAUUACUGAGCUCUGUAAUAUACAGCUGUUCUGCUCAUGCAGGUGCUGGGACUAGUAGAGAGUUCCAGCAGCUCCUCUCAGUACUGGGAUUCCUUCUCUGACCAGCAGGGCUAUGAGUACUGGGUAUUUCUACAGGAACAAUGUAUGCUGUUCUGUUUCACCGUAUGGGUUAUUGUAUGGGGUGUUAUUUUUAACCACUUUUUAGAUGCCAUUUUGUCCAUGUUUAACUCCAUUUUGUAUAUGUAUGACCUCAUUGCUUUAUAUACUGUACAUACAUUUUAUUAGGAUUAGUGCUUUGCAGACAUAUAGGCACCAGUUAGAAAUAUAGUGUCACGUUAAGUUACAAGUUUUCUUUCUCGUUUGACAUAGUGUGAAAGACAUAGUGAGUGAGAAGUGUAUACAGCUUUUAGGAUGGCUGAUUAUAAUAAAUAUAUGUUCCUGUUAUCAGUAUCUCAGAUGGAAACUGUCUAGUAAGAUGUUUGGGGUAUUGUGUUCAUAAGUAGGGGAAAGGGUACAGUUGUCUAGAAUAACAUAUAUUAUGUUAUCCUGAAUGACUACUGCACCCAGCGUCACAGACCCUGAAUGUAAUAUCUGGUAAGACAAUGUUAGCGUAUCCUUGCAGGGUUAUAAAGCCUAGAGACUUACACAUAGCAAGUAGUUCUGAUGGAAGCUAGGUCUGGCUGAAGCGGACGUAGACUUCUACAAACCCCCUCCAGCUUGUAACUUGCGACAAAGUUAUUAGGCGGGACCCUGGAGAAUGAUUGAACUACAUUAUUUAAACUAGUUAAUCGAUGACCAUCAUCUGGGACAGAUCUUAUAACAUCUGGGAUAAGAGCUGAGUGUUCUAAUUUGUUCUUGUUAUUAUUGUAACUGACUAGAACUUGUUACUUGCAUGUUUUCAUUAUUGUAACUUUGAUAAAUGAUUAUCCUUUUUAAUA